AUGUCGGUGGCCAUUGCAAAACUUGCGUGGCCGCAAAAAUCCCUCAGGAAAUCUGCAUACGAACGAGACUGGCGAAUUGCCCCGUAUUCCAUAAAUGAUACAACCUACAGCGUAAGGCUUAAAUGGUUGCAUCUUCACUGGAAACCAUCUACAAGACUUGCUACACUUCGACAUGAAGAAAACGGCCCCACAGUCACGGUUGAUGCAUAUGAAUUUUGCGGAUCUUCUCCAGAUGAGAUGCUCGUCUAUUGGAAGGAGAAAGAUGGCUGGGAUUGUGCAGAGACAACGACAUUUGGACUGAAAACGUGCGAGGUAGAUCUGACAGAUUAUAUCAAUCAACAUCUAUCAUACUACCUCUCACAUACAGAAAGCCAAAGCUAUCUUGGACAGAUACUUGCCAAACAAAAAGUGGAGAUGGAUUCUGAGGCUGACCUUCUAGCUCGAACAUUACAACUAUGGACUGCAAACCGCCUCCUAAUGAAAGGUUGGGAACUGACCGGUGAAGAAUCAUUGGGCAUGACCCCCAUCGACAAAGGCAAUUCACCUUUUCAUCACAGAAUACCAGCUCCUCGCGUGAUGCAAAAUCAAUUGGACAGCAACCUUGAGGCUUUUAUUUUCAAAAAUGAGAAGAGAGUAUUGAAGGAUCUUCAGGAAGCAAUUUUGAAACGAUCGACUUACUCCUGGGAUAUUGUCUGUUUGACCACGAUUGUGCUUCUGCAUGUGCUCGAGAAGGAUAGUUGGAGGCUACUAUAUUGGAAGUAUCACCCUCAAGAACGCUAUGUUUGGAGACACCCUGAGUCUCCUGAGAGGUUGAUAGAGAGGAAUAUGCAUUUCUCCAACAUGUUGGUAACGUGUAUACGUUUUGCUGGUCGGGUCCCCCAGAGAUUGAAGUCCGUACUGGAGGAAACAAUAAAACCAAACUAUGAAUACAAAGAAACCGAUGACAAUAGCAUCGACGUCUCUCUAAGUCAUCUUGUGUUGAAGGAGUCCUUCAAUGAUCUAGCCUCUGUGGAGCAAUUCCUCCCUUCGACAGUGGCACAGAAUGUUGAGCUUGAUGCUUAA